UUGAAAGUAUACGGAUGGCUUGCCAUGUAUGAAAAGGAGUGCGUUAACCUGGCAGAAGAGUGAGGAGUAAUCCGUAAUGGUAAUUAAGAGAUUUGAAAUACUUGGGGUGAAGCUGCUGGGAAAAGGAAGGCCUCGUAAUGUUUCAACGUGAGAAAUCUCCAUAGGAGGUGCCCUUGGGUUUUGUUAGCGGGGUCCUCCUGGGAGUAAAACAUCUGAGGGCUUCUGUAUGGGGAGGAACUCGGGAGAAUUACAAGAAGUCAGCUUUUAAAGUGGAUUAGUUGAGCUAGAUCAAACAAUUUGGUUUGGAAGUUAAUUUAAACUCCCCUGUUCGUUCGACACGGAUUACCUCUGCCAUGUAGACAAAUCCUUAAAUACACACAGGGGCUUUACAACUGCAAGAAUUGCGGUGAAUUUCAGUUCUUGGGAUUUGCAAAGCCAUCACCUGGGAAACUAUGGACAGCAUAACAGAGGCCCGUAGAAGGCAGAAGUGGUCUGUGGAUCCACGAAACAGUGCCUGGAGUAAAGAUGAAAAUAAAUUUGGACAGAAGAUGCUGGAGAAGAUGGGCUGGUCCAAAGGAAAGGGUCUUGGUGCUCAAGAACAAGGAAACACAGAGCACAUCAAGGUUCACGUGAAAAACAACACGCUGGGUUUAGGAGCAUCCAUCAAUCACGAGGACAACUGGAUUGCUCAUCAGGAUGACUUCAACCAGCUUCUGGCUGAACUGAACGAUUGCCACGGACAGGGUGAAACAGAGUCCUCAGUGACUAAUCAGAAGACGACAUUUAGUCUCGAGGAAAAAUCCAAAUCCUCCAGGAAACGUGUCCAUUAUAUGAAGUUUGCAAAAGGUAAGGAUCUCUCUUCACGCAGUGAAGAUGAUCUGUCCUGCAUAUUUGGGAAGCGACAGAAGACUACAAAGACGCAGGAGGAUGCCACUGAUCCCGAGUCUCAGGAGGAGAAGCAGAGAGACCCCUGGCUGUCUGAGCCUGCAGACGGUCCCAAUACAGUGAAGAGUGGUCUCACUGUGCAGGAAUAUUUCGCCAAGCGCAUGGCAAAAUUGAAGGGAUCCCAUAAAGAAACAGAAGUAAAGUCAGACGAUUGCUCCCCAACCACAGAAGAAGCCUUGGAGCUUUCAGAAGAACUGAAAACCAAAGCUAAGAAGAAAAAGAAGAAGCAGAAGAGUGAUGAGGCAGAGAGUACAGAACACUGUGAGAAACCAAAGGCAAAAAAGUCUAAGAUAAGUAGCUGGAAUGGAAAUGAACUGGAUGCUUCUUUAAAUGAAUGUCACUCAGGGAAAAAGAAAAGGAAGCAUAAAGAGCGGCACGAAGAGGAAAGCGUUAGUAAUGAUGAAAAUAUGGGCAAUGGAGAAGUUUAUAUGGGAAUAUCUGAUGGGGAGGACCUUUGCACAGAGGACUCAGAGACAAAGCAGAAGAAACGCCAUAAGAAGAAGCACAAAAAGCAAAAAGAGGAGACAGGUGACUGUACUGAAGGAACGCAGAGAAAGAAAAAGAAGCACUGCAAGUCGAUUUAACCAUUUAAGAGUCAAGGUGGGACUUUGAGGCGGUUUGAACUUUAUCACGUUGGAUGAGAAGCCUACACAAACCCCAGCCAAACAUCAGAUGGCAAUUCAGCUUUGAGUACACUUGAGCUCCUCAUCCACCUGAAACCACAGAUUGUAUUUAAAUAGAGCUCUUACAAGGGGGCUGAGAACGUGCUGACAGGCCAACAGGAGCUCCAGCUCCAGGGCCAAGGCUUGCACGUCUACCAAGCAAGACUUGAUUAAAAAGAAGACAACAGCUAUGCUUUGCCCUCCCGUUGUGGCAGACCCAAGGUUCACCUUAGGGGCUGUGCUUUAACACGGCAGAGCCUCCACCUUCAGCCCACGUUCACCCUGGAGUGACUCCAUUCACAACAGAUAACAGCAAGCAAAAUCGGGGCUGGUUUUAACCACUGUGGUUAGGACUGUGAAAACCAGUAAAUUGCCGUGUGCUGGUUCACACUGGCUGUGUUUUCUCAGUCCGGGGAGAUGAAAACAAAACAAAACAAAACAAAAAAAGUCAUCCUAUUGCUGCCUUUAUUAUUAAAGCCACCGUUGUUUUCACUUGUGAUAGCUCUGCUUCUGGAAACGGGAGGGGGGUUGCAAAGCUGUAUGUAUUUCUUUUCAUUGAUUUUUUUGCAAAGUCGUGUGUAAUUUUUUCAUUGAUCUCCCAUUUACGUAUAAAAACGACAUUGUUUUUCCCAAAACGCUUAGUCCUUAAUUAAAAGAUUACCCCUGAUUGUCAGUACUAAGGAAUGAAAUAAAGUAACUCCCUGUGUUCCCUGGCCAGUAGUUAACUAUUGUCAAGUAAUUAAGUUUGCAACAGAGGUACAGGAGCUGUGCCUUUCUUAGCCAUAUCUUAAUCUUUGAUUCCCAGGUAGCAUUCGUGCUACGUUUGGUGAUGCACCUCACAUUCAAAAAGCUGGAGAAGCAAGGUUUUCUAUGAAACAGGGAGACCAAAUAGAUUUUAAGAGCAUAGCUACUCCUCCGCAUUAAUAUUGCCACUUCCACACAGAAGCCUUGCAAUUUGUAACCAAAUCAGCAGCUGUUUCUCCUUGUCAACCUGGAAAUAAGUAAAGCUGGGACUCAGCACUGCCACAAGCCCUUGUGGAGGAGAGGUUAAACAUUCAGGCUGGAUUUUGGCACCUUCAUCUCACUCAGCAAAAAGCUGUCGGGGGAGAUGGGUGAGCUUGGAAGCGAAGUGGUGAAAUGGGAAGAAGCAUUCCCUGUCCUUGUGUCUGGUCCUGAUAUUGCCUCGGCCACAGCAAAUUGACAGCACAGCCCUGAAAGCCAGCCAGUUAUCGUGGCAUCACCCGGGGUAGCCAAGCAGAAUUUAAAUUCAUUAGCUGCUCAUUUGUCUUUGGGGCCUUCCUGUGUUUCAUCAGAGUAAAUCUAAACCAUCCCAAUGGCCUGCUCUGCUGGCUAAAUGGCCACGUUUGUGGUUGAGCCCAGCUGAGUCGCUGAACAUGGCUUGAAAAACAUUGUCAAGAUGCAGAUGUAAUGUGAAAAGAUUCCUUAAGCUGCCUUUAUGGUCCAGCAGGAGAAGUGUAGCCGACAAUACACAGCCCACAGGGCUUCAGAUGUCUCAGUUGCAGCUCAGUUGGACUUCUCACUUAAGGUACCUUGGUUUGCAACGCCAGGAUAUCUUAAGACCUAUCUUAAGGGCUUUCUUGCCCUGAGGACACACUCGUUCAUUGCAGCAAAAUUGCUGUACUUUUACAAUAUGGUAAAGGAGAACAAGAUGCCUUUCUCUAUGCUUCCCACUGGUGUCGUUUUCAACCCUUAGAGCAUUUUUUAACCCUUAGAGAAUUUGCUUUCCAGCUCUUUGCAAAUAUUUGCCCUUGUGAUGUUGCUGGGGCUGGGCUUGUUCCCUGCCUUCCUCAAGCGACUGAUCACUUAAACACCACGAGCUUGCUCUGGUUGUGAGCAAACUCUGUGCUUGACAUGAAAAAAAAAAAAAUCUUCUCAGUGGGAGAAGGCAGCAAAAUAAUUUUCAUGUUAUGUUGUGAAGCAUCCUAAGUUUUAAAGCAGCUCUCCCAGUUUCUUGCUUACUGCUUACUAAAUUUUUAUUUGUCGGUAGAAGCCCUGAAUGUUUCCCAUGAUUUUUUUUUUUUUUUAACUCUUAAGUGGCUGAACUUUACAAUCUCCUGGGGAUUUUAACUUGAAAAGGUGCUAGUAAAGGAAGAGGGUUUCCUUUGCCAAAUGCUGCUGGGUUUGUUCGCUUGUUCGCUGUAUUAAUCUUACACGAGUUUCUGUGUGCUGGAUCUUAUGGAAAGUGUUUGGCCAGAUUCCAGUGUUAGUUACAGCAAGAACAAACAAAAAAAGGGAAUAAAUCUUUAAAUGUGUGGUGUCACUACUGGUAAGCACAGGAGAUUUAAGGUUUAAAUCUGGCUCAGAUUGAAAUACGAGCUACAAAUAGAAGAUUCUCUAUUUGUGCAAUAAGUGGGAAUUUCACUUUUUCCUGGGAAACGUGGGAUUUUAUUUUAACGUGCCUCAAGCUCAAAGAGAAAUGGCAUGUGCAGAACUUGGGUUGUAGGAAAGAAUGACUUUGUGAUGUACUAGAAUUUGAAAAAAAAAAGGGAUUCAGCUGCACUUCUUUGUAUGUUAGUGAUCAGCCAACUCUGUAUUAUGCAACAAGAAGCUCUUCUUACCAGAUGCUGCCUUGCGAAGUGGAUGACAGACACAACAACAUAUUUCGAAGUAAUAAAUUAUUAUUUUUUGUUUGUA